CAGGUGCUUCGCCCCGACCCAGCGCCCGCCCGCCCUCCUCCUCGAGCCUCCGCGCCACCGCCCGCGCCCACCGCGUCUCAGCGCCUCCGCCGCCGCCUGUUAGUCCAAGUCCGCUCGCAGCCCCCGACACCCAGCGCCAUGAACCAGAUCGAGCCCGGCGUGCAGUACAACUACGUGUACGAUGAGGACGAGUACAUGAUCCAGGAGGAGGAGUGGGACCGCGACCUGCUGCUGGACCCCGCCUGGGAGAAGCAGCAGAGGAAGACCUUCACGGCCUGGUGCAACUCGCACCUGCGGAAAGCCGGCACCCAAAUCGAGAACAUCGAGGAGGACUUCAGGAACGGCCUGAAGCUCAUGCUGCUGCUGGAAGUCAUCUCAGGGGAGCGGCUGCCCAAGCCCGACCGGGGAAAAAUGCGCUUCCACAAAAUCGCCAACGUGAACAAAGCCUUGGAUUACAUCGCCAGCAAAGGCGUGAAGCUGGUGUCCAUCGGGGCGGAAGAAAUUGUGGACGGCAACGUGAAGAUGACGCUGGGCAUGAUCUGGACCAUCAUCCUCCGCUUCGCCAUUCAGGACAUUUCCGUUGAAGAAACCUCCGCCAAGGAAGGCCUGCUGCUGUGGUGUCAGCGGAAAACCGCUCCUUACCGAAAUGUCAACAUUCAGAACUUCCACACCAGCUGGAAGGAUGGCCUGGGACUCUGCGCGCUCAUCCACCGGCACCGGCCCGACCUCAUUGACUACUCCAAGCUGAACAAGGACGACCCGGUGGGAAAUAUCAACCUGGCCAUGGAGAUUGCGGAGAAGCAUCUGGACAUUCCCAAAAUGCUGGACGCGGAAGACAUUGUCAACACCCCCAAGCCGGACGAAAGGGCCAUCAUGACGUACGUGUCCUGUUUCUACCAUGCUUUCGCGGGCGCGGAGCAGGCCGAGACAGCGGCUAACAGGAUAUGUAAGGUUCUUGCUGUGAAUCAAGAGAAUGAGAGGCUGAUGGAAGAAUAUGAGAGGCUAGCGAGUGAGCUCUUGGAGUGGAUCCGCCGCACCAUCCCCUGGCUGGAGAACCGGGCCCCCGAGAAGACCAUGCAGGCCAUGCAGAAGAAGCUGGAGGACUUCCGGGAUUACCGCCGGAAGCACAAGCCCCCGAAGGUGCAGGAGAAAUGCCAGCUGGAGAUCAACUUCAACACCCUGCAGACCAAGCUGCGUAUCAGCAACCGGCCGGCCUUCAUGCCCUCUGAGGGCAAGAUGGUGUCGGACAUCGCCGGGGCCUGGCAGCGGCUGGAGCAGGCGGAGAAGGGCUACGAGGAGUGGCUGCUGAACGAGAUCCGGAGGCUGGAGCGCGUGGAGCACCUGGCCGAGAAGUUCAGGCAGAAGGCGUCCACCCACGAGACCUGGGCCUACGGCAAAGAGCAGAUCUUGCUGCAGAAGGAUUAUGAGUCGGCGACGCUGACCGAGGUGCGGGCCCUGCUGCGGAAGCACGAGGCCUUUGAGAGCGACCUGGCGGCCCACCAGGACCGCGUGGAGCAGAUCGCAGCCAUCGCGCAGGAGCUCAACGAGCUGGACUACCACGACGCGGUGAACGUCAAUGACAGGUGCCAGAAGAUCUGCGACCAGUGGGACAGGCUGGGGACGCUAACGCAGAAGCGGAGAGAGGCCCUAGAGAGAACCGAGAAGUUGCUGGAGACCAUCGACCAGCUGCACCUGGAGUUUGCCAAGAGAGCUGCCCCGUUCAACAACUGGAUGGAGGGCGCCAUGGAGGACCUGCAGGACAUGUUCAUCGUCCACAGCAUCGAGGAGAUCCAGAGUCUGAUCACGGCCCACGAGCAGUUCAAGGCCACGCUGCCCGAGGCGGACGGCGAGCGGCAGUCCAUCAUGGCCAUCCAGAACGAGGUGGAGAAGGUCAUUCAGAGCUACAACAUCCGGAUCAGCUCCAGCAACCCCUACAGCACCGUCACCAUGGACGAGCUGCGGAACAAGUGGGACAAGGUGAAGCAGCUGGUGCCCAUCCGAGACCAGUCCCUGCAGGAGGAGCUGGCCCGCCAGCACGCCAACGAGCGCCUGCGCCGCCAGUUCGCUGCCCAGGCCAACGCCAUCGGGCCCUGGAUCCAGAACAAGAUGGAGGAGAUUGCCCGGAGCUCCAUCCAGAUCACCGGGGCGCUGGAGGACCAGAUGAACCAGCUGAAGCAGUACGAGCACAACAUCAUCAACUACAAGAACAACAUCGACAAGCUGGAGGGCGACCACCAGCUCAUCCAGGAGGCCCUGGUCUUCGACAACAAGCACACCAACUACACCAUGGAGCACAUUCGCGUGGGGUGGGAGCUGCUGCUGACGACCAUCGCCAGGACCAUCAACGAGGUGGAGACGCAGAUCCUGACCAGGGACGCCAAGGGCAUCACCCAGGAGCAGAUGAACGAGUUCAGAGCCUCCUUCAACCACUUCGACCGGAGGAAGAAUGGCCUGAUGGACCACGAGGAUUUCAGAGCCUGCUUGAUUUCCAUGGGCUACGACCUGGGUGAAGCCGAGUUUGCCCGCAUCAUGACCCUGGUGGAUCCCAACGGACAGGGCACCGUCACCUUCCAGUCCUUCAUCGACUUCAUGACCAGAGAGACAGCCGACACCGACACCGCGGAGCAGGUCAUCGCUUCCUUCCGCAUCCUGGCGUCCGAUAAGCCGUACAUCCUGGCGGAGGAGCUGCGGCGCGAGCUGCCCCCGGACCAGGCGCAGUACUGCCUGGGGCGCAUGCCCGCCUACAAGGGCCCGGGCGCGGUGCCUGGCGCCCUGGACUACGCGGCCUUCUCCUCGGCGCUCUACGGGGAGAGCGACCUGUGAGCCCGAUGCCGGUCCUCCCACAGCAGCGAAAGACUUUGACGAGCGUGGUUAAGGGAAGGGACAGGGAGAGAUUUUGCGGCUCAGUAAUGGUUUAUGACAUAGCGUGCUUCAUCAAUAGGUUUCUUCAUUUCGGAAUUGUUAGCUAAAUGCAAUGGAAUAUCAGGGUUUUUUGGUUUGUUUCUUUGCUCAAACAAAGCAAAUUCCUUGAGUAGUAUGAAAUGAGGAUCUAGGGACAGAAGAAAAGUACAAAAUGGGAAAUUCCCAAAUACCCAAGAUUUGAGACCAGGAAGAAAAAAAUUGGUAAAUGUUUCAUAUUUUUACAAAAUAUGCUUGAAUAGGCUUAUGUGAUUAUCGUGAGGGGAAUAUAUUUGGGAUAUUCGUGUUUUACCUUCUCAUCCAAAGAUUAGCGAUAUUUAAGUACUAUUGUUUCUUUAGUUGAAUUUAAUGUUGUGAAACAGAACUUCCAGGGAAUGGAACCAGAAGACCCAAAAUAUAUUUAGUACUUAAAAACUUUUAAAUAGAGUUCAUAGUCAGCUCUUCGUUGUUUAGGACUACGCAGUCCAGUUAGUGGAUUUCAAUGCCUUAUUUAUCGUCCAAAGUAGAGACCUCAGGAAUCACAGAAGCCGGUCUGCUUGCCAGAGAGGAAGCUGUAGUCACUAGGAAAAACGAAUGUGUUAGGAUCACGUAUUGAAUCCAGGUUUCUGUGCAUUUCCUGGAGCUUGUUAGCACGGGUGUGGAAGAGAUGACUGUAGGUAAGCGCCUUAAGCCCUUGACUUUCUGACCUGGACAGGAGGAGUUAGUGGGGGAGGACUCAUUCUUAGCAGCAGUAGAGGUAGAGCUUGUGUUGCAGACCUUUACAUAUUUUGGGGGGAUGCUUUGUGUGUAGUAGGAAGGACUCGACGUUUUUUGCCAGCACUCAGCGUGCGGUCACCACUGUGAUUGGUGCCGAGCCCUGGGUCUGGCUCUCUCCACACCUGAGGCCCUGCCACGGAGGACACCCCAUGCUCCCAGCAUCCUCUGCUCUCUUGAAGGUUCAUCUGUUCGAAUGUUUGGGCUGCCUUAUGCUAUAACUCCCCCUCUGUUUUUCCAUCCUGUUGACAGCUUGUAGAGAAGGCAGGAAUUCUGUUUACAUCUGAGUCCUUAAUGAUCAGGAAAGGGAUUAUAAACAAACAAAAAACUGUUGCCAACAGCAAUUCAAGUGUUACUAGGAAAGCAGUACUGUGCCUGUUGCCCACGGUCUGCUUUCUCACAUUUUUGGUGGAUUGCCACCAACAGCUGGAAAUGUGAUAUUUUCCAUUCAUACCUUGUUUGGUAACUUCCUACUUUUACUGCAUUGGCCCAUGUAGAACCCUUAACCUUUAAAAAUUUCACUUGCUUCAUUUUAUUAAGUAGUUGGUAGGUAGCAAGUUCCUGAAAUACCCGAGUCCCUGUGUGUCAUGCCAAACACUUUGGGUGAUAAGUAGAGGGACUCUGACUCUUUAUUUCCAGCAGGUGCUAUAUUCCAGCCAUAACCAUGAAGGAAACACUGGGACGUCGUUCUGACGCUGAGGCUAGGAGGGGGACUUGGGGUGUUUUAGGAUGCGUACAGGUAGCUCAGCUGCCUAAAAUGUUCAUCGCUUUACAAUAUUCAGGCAAGAGGAUAGAUGUACUAUCUGCUAAUAAAUGAAGAAAGGAGAUAAACUCUGAAAAACACUUAAUAAACAUGUUUAUACUCUCAUCUUAGAAGAUAUUUUUAUUUCUGAAGCUGAAUUAUCCAUUAAACUUAAUUUAUAAAAGAAAAA